UAGAAGAAACUGACACCAUUCUCUCUCUCUCUCUCCGUAUCCAAAAAAAGAGAAAACAAAAAAAAAUCAAAUCAAAGACCAAGCCAGUCGCCGGGAAAUGCUGACGUGUAUAGCUCGUUCGAAGCGAGCCGGCGAUGAAUCUUCGGGUCAACCCGACGAUCCGGAUUCCAAACACGCCAAAUCUUUAACAUCUCAGCUCAAAGACAUGGCUCUGAAAGCUUCGGGAGCAUACCGGCAUUGUACGCCGUGUACGGCGGCGCAGGGUCAGGGACAAGUGCAAGGACCGAUCAGGAACAGUCCAACGUCGGUAAAGUCGGAUUUCGAAUCGGAGCAACGGUUCAAAAUGCUAUACGGAAGAUCAAACAGCUUGAUCAACUCCACGGCGGCUGCGGCGGCGCAACAACAGCAGCCUAGGGUAUGGGGGAAAGAGAUGGAAGCGAGGCUAAAAGGGAUAUCGAGCGGAGAAGCGACACCGAAAUCGGCGAGUGGGAGGAACCGGGUCGACCCGAUAGUGAUCGUGGAAGAGAAAGAGCCAAAAGAAUGGGUAGCUCAGGUAGAGCCAGGGGUUCUCAUUACCUUCGUUUCUCUUCCCGGCGGUGGUAAUGAUCUCAAACGGAUACGUUUCAGGUACGUUACUUUAAUUACUCUCUUCAUAUAUCUACGGUUAUGAUUCUUUUGUUGACUC